ACAACUUGCCUCAACAACUCUCACCUUCAGCAACUUCAAUCACAGAACCUCUCUUAAGAACUCUCACAGAGACUCAAACUCUCAUACAUAUUUAGCAGCAAAACAUUGCUCCUCUCACUCUCAUACAAUCUCAGCAGUACAUUUGCACAUCAUUAUGUCAAGUGCACAAUCUUUGAAGAAUAUUGACAUAAAUGUAUACUUCGGUGGACACCUUUACAAUCCUGAAGGGAUUGACGGAUUCCCAUUUAGAGGGGAGGGUAUCGAAUGCUACUACAUGAUGUUACGUCGUAAGUUGAAGACGUUGACUGAUUUGAAGAGGAAAAUAAUGGACGAAUUGAAAUUGAACCCUGCUUGGUAUGACAUCAAGAUUAUUUAUCGUUGCCCACAAGAAGUUCUUCAUGAACGGAUAAAUUAUGGGUAUAUGGCGAUUAAAGAAGAUAAACAUGUAAAGAUGAUGUUUAGUAGGAUCCAGAAAAUGCCCCAAGUAAAUGCUGCUGAGUUGUAUGUAAGUUUGGAGGCGAGUGUAGACAACAGUACUGAGGUGGUGCAAGAAACAUCUACGGCUUUACAAUUUACAACCCUAGAUGAUGGAUGCACUACAAUGGGAGGUUAUACGCUCUCAUCUCAAGAUUAUGUUGCGAAUACUGGUGGAACCCUCUACUCUCAAGAGACACAUUUAGAGGAGGAAGACGAAGACGAAGACGAAGACGAAGAUCAUGCUGUGAAUGAUGGUGAAAAUAAUGAUGAUAUGGAUCAGUACGAAGAGAGGAUUGAGCGAGGUGACUUUGAGAACGAUGUGGAUGAGCAUGAAGUCGUUCCUAAUUUUGAAGAGGAAAAUAUGGAGUACCAUGAUGAAGGUGAUGCAGAUGAUGAUGAUAUUGGUGUCCAGCAUGAUACAAAUACGACCACUGGCUACAGACCUCCUGCGGACUCAUUCUACGCAAAUACUUGGGAAAAUAUGGUUGAUCCUUCACGUCUUCAGAUACCAUAUCUUUGUACUUGGCAAGAUGGGAUGCAUUUUUGUAAAGGGUUGACUUUUGCAAAUAAAGCUGCGGUGAAGCGUGCAUUGAUAAUAUACGCAGCAAAGGAUAAUAGAAAUUUCUCCAUCCAAAGGUCGAGCACAACUGAAUUGUGCGCCGCAUGCAUUGACGACAAUUGCAAGUGGUACGUUGGGGCAUACAUGAAGCCUAAAUUCAAUGGUCUGUGGAUGGUCACGUCUUAUGUGGGUCCACACAGUUGUAUACCCUUUGGGCUGCGAAGAGAUGGUAGAAUGAUGGAUUCUAAUUUUGUUGCAUCAGAAAUUGUGGGAAGAUUGCGAAAAAAGCACACUGCUACUGUUGAUGAGCUUUGGGAGAUCAUCCGUACUAAGUAUGAUCAUGAGCUUUCUUACUAUAAAGAGUCUUACCAAAGGUUGCGAAAGUUGUUGGCAUACUUGGAUCAGGAUUCGGGUACCCAGUAUAGCUAUCACACCAUACCUAAGCCAUUAGAAGGUACUACGUUACUGCGCUAUGUAUAUUGGGCAUUCGCUCCAUGCAUUGCUGCAUUCCAGUAUUGCAGGCCAGUGAUCAGUAUUGAUGGAACUCAUUUAUAUGGUAAAUACAAAGGGGUAUUGAUGAUUGCAAUGGCAACCGAUGCUAAUCAAAAGGUUUUGCCUAUCGCCUUUGCUGUUGUGGACAAGGAGUCAGGGGCUAGUUGGGGGUGGUUUUUAGAGUGUCUCAGGACUUCGAUAGAGCGUGUUAUUGAAAAUAAGGACAUUUGCAUUAUUUCUGACCGACAUAAAGGUAUCAAAUGCGCCAUUCGAGAGUGGCCUAGAGGGCAAGACAGAAGAGAACGGGUAUAUCAUCGAUAUUGCCUUCGACAUGUUGCUAGCAACUUCAACACACAUUUUAAUAACCCGACUCUAAAGGCAUUGGCCUUGAAAGCUGGAUAUGCGACUCAUGAUGCUAAAUUUGUGUCCAUAAUGCAAACCAUUAAGGAGGCCGAGAUUAAUUUACUGAGGGGUGUAGACCCUACUGAUCGCCGGAUUAUACGUUAUAUGCCAUACACAUAUCUAAUGAGUGAGGAUGUAGACAAAUGGACCCAGUCACAUGAUGGUGGAAGACGUUACGGGGCAAUGACAACCAAUAUCUCUGAGUGCUUUAAUGGGGUUCUUAAAGGUGCCCGCGGUUUGCCCAUUGCUGCAAUGGUUGAGUUCACUUAUUUUAAACUUGUUGCAUAUUUCCACGAUCGACAUAAACAAAUUACUUCUGAUCUCUCUCGAGGUAAGGUGUGGAGUGAUUAUGCAAUGGAGAUCUAUAACAAAAAUGAGCAGAAAAUUGCAGGACACACUCUGAGGAAUUAUAAUCAUGCAGAGGGUAUAUAUCAAGUGGUUACCCCGUAUAACGACCAUAGAGCUGGAGGGGGAAAUCACAGUCAUGAUGUGCGCAUAUUUGAUAGAACCUGUGGUUGUGGAAAGUGGCAAAACUUGAAGAUCCCUUGUUCGCAUGCAAUUAAAGUUCUUAAAGCUCUGCAUCUCGAUGCGCCCAGCUAUAUUGACCCAUGUUACAGUCUGAACAACGCCAUUCUCACAUAUUCACAUAAUUUUGUGGUGCCAAAGUCAGAGUCAUUAUGGAGAGACGUUCGCGGACCACGGUGGGUGCCUGACCCACGAUUGUUGCGGGCCAAAGGUCGUCCUACGAUGUCAAGAAUAAGGAAUGAAAUGGAUGGGGUACGGCGAGAACGGGGAAGCCGGAGGGAAGAUCCGGAGUUGAGGGAGAUUCAACCGAGGCAACGAUGUACAGUGUGUCAUCAAGAGGGGCAUAACCGUAGAUGUUGUCCCAAUUCCCAUGGGGCUUCGACAAGUGGUAGUGCUAUGAACUAGGCAAGCGGAGACUUUAUUUUCGUAAGUGACAUUGUACGUGGGACUUGUCGUUAUCUUCUGUAUGGACAAGCUAGGUGAUUAUGUAGAGUAUGUUGUAUCAGUAUGGACAAGUGUUAGGUGACUAUGUAUAAUAUGUUAUAUCCGCUAGGCGAAUAUGUAGACUAUGUUGUAUUAACUUAGUUGUUAUUUUGUUUAUUGUUGUAAAUUACGAAUAAUUGAACUCUUUGC